AUUAUUAUAAUGAGUACCGUGUCGGAUUAAUUAGCCUACACCACUCGAUGACGCUUCUUGAUCAUUAUUUUCCGUGUCCUUUCCCAGUUCUGUAAUCAGCACUUGGUGUUAGUAGUGCAAAACCCCUUCGUGCACGCGCAUGCGCGUAAUUGCCCCUGUCCAGUGCCCAGCGCUGGAUAAAUACCGCUUCGCGCUGAAGUCCGGAAGACACGCGCCUUCUCGGUGACGCGUUCACGCGUCCACAGAGUUAGAUGGCAUGUUUUCGACUAAGACUAACGGACCACGCCGAGGACGCUCUUUUGACUCCAUUCACAAAUAUCACAUAGAAAAUCAACACAACUAUGAGAUGAAUAAAUCCACAUUUAAUCAUACUAAUGAGAGCCAAGAUGAUUCCCUGUCCUCCAAAAAAGAACAUGCAGCAAUUGUCUUCUCUCUGAAGAAUGAAGUUGGUAACCUCGUAAAGGCAUUAAAACUUUUUCAGGAACACCAUAUCAGCCUUUUACACAUCGAGUCCCGGAAGUCCAGGUGGCGUAACUCUGAGCUGGAGGUGUUGGUCAACUGUGACAGUGAGCAAGAGACUCUGAACAAAAUCAUUCAGCUGCUGAGAAAACAAACAAACAUCAUCACCAUGGACUUACCGGACCAACAGAGCACACCUGAUGAAACUAUCUCAGAAGAGCCCUGGUUUCCCAGGAAGAUCUCAGAUCUUGACAAAUCUGCCAACCGUGUUCUGAUGUACGGUUCUGACCUGGAUGCUGAUCAUCCUGGAUUUAAAGACAGUGUCUACCGAAAGAGAAGGAGGUACUUUGCUGACCUUGCAAUGAACUACAAACAUGGAGACCCGAUCCCACGUGUGGAAUUCACAGAGGAGGAGGUGAAGACGUGGAGCGUGGUGUUCAGAGAGCUGAAUAAGCUCUACCCUACACACGCCUGUAGAGAGUACCUGCGUAACCUGCCUCUGCUCACACAGCAGUGUGGCUACAGAGAAGACAACAUCCCUCAGCUGGAGGACGUAUCCCGCUUUCUCAAAGAGCAAACAGGCUUCACAAUUCGCCCAGUAGCUGGAUAUUUGUCACCCCGUGAUUUCCUGGCAGGUUUGGCAUUUCGCGUGUUCCACUGUACUCAGUACAUUCGCCACAGUUCUCAUCCACUCUACACACCUGAGCCGGACACAUGUCAUGAGUUGCUUGGUCAUGUGCCCUUGCUGGCAGAACCAAGCUUUGCCCAGUUCUCUCAGGAGUUAGGCCUAGCUUCACUGGGGGCUUCUGAUGAUGCCGUACAGAAACUGGCAACCUGCUACUUCUUCACGGUGGAGUUUGGCUUAUGUAAGCAGGACGGCCAGCUUCGAGCCUACGGGGCAGGUCUUCUCUCAUCCAUCAGUGAACUUCAGCACGCACUCUCAGGCGGUGCCAAAAUCCUGCCUUUCGAUCCCAAAGUGACAUGCAGACAGGAGUGUCUCAUCACCACCUUUCAGGAGGUCUACUUUAUGUCUGAGAGCUUUGAGGAGGCUAUGGUUAAAAUGAGGGAAUUUGCCAAGACCAUCAGGCGUCCGUUCACUGUGCGCUACAACCCGUACACACAAAGUGUGUGUGUGCUGAGGGACAUGCCCAGCAUUAACAGCGUGGUUGAGGAGCUCCGACAUGAACUGGACAUAGUGGGAGACGCACUCCAAAGGCUCCACAAACGCAUGGGAGUCUAACACCACAAUGCACCCGGUCCUGGGGGAAGCCACAGCAAGGCGGAGUUUAGUGAGCUCAGAGGGGUUGAAUUCAACCUUCUCUGCAGUGUGAUGGAGUGCAAUCUGAGAUCACUGGCUUAAAUCUUGUCAAUUAUCUUUCACACUGCAACUGCAAACCAUUUAAUCACUAUCACGUUUAAGAUGUAUAUGUCAGAUCCUGUUUUCUCCACUGAAAAAAAUCAGUGCUGAUUGAAUGCCAGCACUACACACUUCACUGAUUAUAAAGAGACUUCAGUAAAUGGUG